ACGUUCACUUCGUUCACCACAUCGCGACUAGAUUCGAACAGUGCUGUCGUAUCUAGCUAAAGAACUUGCCAAAAAACUUCACGAACGUCAAAGAAAACUUCAAGGUAUACACUUGAAUACCUAGCUACUCUAAAGUGAAAGCUUAGAAGUAGAUUCUUGUUUCUAAGACACAUUUUAUAGUCACGAAAUUGAAUACACGAAUUUAGGAUUUUACCAAUUUGAUUCAAAUACUUUUUUAAACAUGUCGCUGGCAUUUGGAGGCGCUUACCAGUUUUCAAAUAACUCGAACCAAGAGAUUGAGGAAAAUAAUACCUUUAAAAAAGCUAGGCUUGAAGAUGGACAAGUGAAACUCACGAAGCGGGCGGCUUUGGGAACCAUCACCAACAACGCGGGAGUGAGAGUGCAGCCACACCGCGCUGCCAAGGUUGCCGUCUCUGGAAAUGGAGGCCCAGUAUUGAAGAAUGACGAAAACGCGUUUAGCCGCGCUGGCAAAUCCGCCUUCUCCAUUCCCAACACUGCUCAACAGAGCUUCGCUAUUCACGUUGACCAACAGCCAAACAUCUCGAAUUCACAAAAAGCUACAAGUCUAACUCAACAAGAGCCGGCCUUGAAUCCUGCUGUAACUUCAUUAUCACGACCCGCACUGACGAAUGUCUUCGUUGCGAGCGAUGAAGGAAGCCUUGAAUCUCCUAUGGUCAUUGACUCGGAUUUUAGUAGCGACGAUGAAGACAUUGCAAGCAGCAGCCCGAGCAGAGACCAAAUUCACAACAUCGACUCGGUAGCCGCCGACCCCAUCCUCGGUGUACCCGAGUACGCGUCCGACAUCUUCAAGUACCUCAAACAAGCAGAGCUCAAUAACAGGGCCAAGCCAGGCUACAUGCGGAAACAACCCGAUAUCAACAACAGCAUGCGAGCUAUCCUUGUCGACUGGCUGGUGGAGGUAGCUGAAGAAUAUAAACUCCUUCCCCAGACCCUAUACCUCACAGUAAACUACAUAGACAGAUUCCUGUCUGCUAUGUCGGUGCUGAGAGGCAAGCUACAACUUGUUGGUACAGCUUGCAUGCUUCUCGCCUCCAAGUUUGAAGAGAUUUACCCGCCAGAGGUCUCCGAGUUUGUAUACAUCACAGAUGACACUUACACAGCCAAACAGGUUUUGAAAAUGGAACAACUGGUUCUAAAAGUUCUCACCUUUGAUCUGUCUGUACCAACCAUUCUCAACUUCCUGGAGAGAUUUAUCAAAGCAACCAAUGUACCAGAAUCUAUGGCUCCCAAAGUAGAAGCUCUUGCAAGGUAUCUCUGCGAGAUCUCACUACUGGACAGUGAGCCCUUCCUGAAAUAUCUUCCUUCGACAAUUGCUGCAUCAGCGAUCGUAUUAUCUCUUCAUACAUUAGGACUAUCAUACUGGAACAAUACUCUGAGCCACUACACUGGAUUUGAGCUUCAUGACCUCCAAACAUGCAUACAAGAUCUGCACCGUAGCUUUGCCUAUGCACCCAACCACCCCCAGCAGGCAACAAGAGAGAAGUACAGGAGUGCAAAGUUCCACAGUGUGUCUAAUCUCUCCCCACCUGACUGCUUGCCAUUGGCAUGAGAAUCAAAUUGCGUAUAGAUUUUUUACAAUCCUAAUACCAUUUUAUAGUAUAGAUAGAAACAUUUUAUCGUAAUAUUAAUCAAGUGUAAAACAAGUCUUUUAUUGUGUUGAGUUUUUUACCCUAGCUUUUGCUUGUUUUUAAAUGUAUUGUAAACAAUUAUAUUCACAAUAUGAUGUACAUAUUAUAUGGUUUAGGGAACUUUUAAUCUCUCCAAAAGAAACUGCAUUUGAAAUGCAAGUAUGGCAGAGAAAUCUUUUGAAAAAUGUUUUGAUAAAUAAUUCCCUAUUCAGUGAUUUCAUACUAUCUUGCAUAACUUGUUUUAUUUUCUAAAUGACAGUCAUAUAGUUUUAAAUUAUUUUUUAGUGAAUUCUCAAUGAUACUGUUUAAACAUGUCACCUAUUGCCUAUGCUUUAUGAUAACAGAUGACAAAGUUAUGCUGUUUUUUUUUUUACCAUGUAGAUUCCAUAUCCCAAGAGGUAUUGUUCACCCAUUGUAAUAUAAUCCUGGAUUGUACAGUAUUUAUAAAUAAAUGUGUAAAUAAUAA